AUGCCUCGUGCCAUCAGAGGCGUGCUGAUCGAGUGCGAUCCCUCCAUCAAGUCCAUCAUCGUGAACAUCGACAGUAAGAACCAUGACUUCAUCAUCGAGGACCUCGACGAGGAGCGUGUCGUCGUCAAGGAAAACAUGGUCGGCGAGCUGAAGCGGCGACUGGAGGAUCGCCUCAAGGAAAACCUUCCUCCCGUAGAAGAAUCCGGAUCCGAAUAA